AAAAUUAAUUUGAAGAAAAUGCCUCCUAGAAGAAUGAAUGCUGGAUAGAGGAUGAGGUUUCAACUAUCAUUAUGAGGAAAAAGUGGGAGCGUUGGUGGUCGAAUAUCCUACAGCUGACUGUACUGAGUGUACACUUGCGCAGUGCCGGGGGAUUUUCUUUAGGUGCACCUACAGCUGCUUGCUCAGCUGAUAUGAAACCAAGGCAUGGAUUCGCACCACAGAGUACUGAGUCCCCUGCUGAGCUAGUGGUUGACCGGCACACUCUACCAGCUGACCAGUAUUUAAGAGUUACUCUUCGAAGCACCCGACCUAUAAAAGGAUUUCUUCUCAAGGCAGAGAGUGUUACAACAGCAGAUAAAGAAAAUACCGAAGAAGGAGCUUUUGGAAGCUGGUAUAUUCCAUAUCUUAAUGAUAGUUCUAUACUGUCAGAAGCAAGGUACCUGCACUGUGGGACUGGACAACAGAAUGCUGUAACGCACAGUGGUCGAACCAGUAGCAUAUACGUUGUAUCCUUUCAGUGGAAGCCUCCAGAAAUAUACAGUGGUAUAAUUAUUCUACGUGCAACUGUAGUAUUGGAUUACAGAACAUACUGGACUGACGUUAGUUCUCCUCCUAUAACUGUACUGCCGGCUGAAAAUGAGAUUAAAACAGAUCUCGAUGAAGAUGGAAACAACUUGGUUGACUCAAGUGAAUCUGUUACAAUAGUUCCAAAGACUAGCAUAGUAGUUGAUGCUAAUUCUAUAGGAGUUGUUGAAAAAGACUCUGAAAACGUUGUUGAGUCCGAUAUGGAAAGUGAUACCAUUAAAGACACUAACAAUGACACAAAUAACAAUGAUGAGGCAACAGUCACUGAUCCUGAAAGUGAAAACGAUAUUACAACCAUUAGUUCUGAAAAUGAUAUCGAUGACUCCUUCGAAAGUCAAAGUGCUACAACUUAUUAUAAAUCCAUCCUUCUAACUCAAAGAGAUCGAGUGAAGACAGAUCCACCUCCAACAAAAGCAUCGGAAGAAGAUACAACAACAACAACAACAACAACAACAACAACAAUAACAAUAAUAACGGAAGCCCCAACAACAACCUGGAAAGAAAGUACAACUUCAGAAGCAUCAGCAGUAGUUCCUUCCUCAACGAAGCGUAUUCGAACUACAAUAGUUUACGAGAUAGCGAGGUAUAUCUACCAUACCUCCACCCCACCCGGUAUAUAUACCUACACAAGUACCUCAACCCCCUUUACCUUCACAAGUACCAGAGAUGUAAACGAAGAAGCAUCCAAAGACACUCAUGUAUACAGUAGUGCUAGUGAUGAGGAUCUUAUUGAGAUAGUUCCUCUGGAUUCACAACUUGAACACCCUGAACACACAAAUAGUGAUGAGGAUCAGAACAGAAGAAUGGAUUCUGGAAAUCAGGAAUCUAAUUCUGAACCUGAACCUGAAUCUAAUCCUGAACCUGAACCUGAAUCUAAUUCGGAAUCUGAACCUGAAUCAGAUUCUGAACCUGAAUCUGAAUCUGAACCAGGUUCUGAUAUUUCUCAGCAUGAGAAAGAAUUGUUAGAUGCUCUCAGUGAAAUAUCUGUCCCUGAGAUUGACCUUGAGAGUUUACCUGAACUUGACCUUGAUCCAUACUCUCUGGAGGUCAACUCAUCACUGAGGGAUCGAACACCGAGACUGAAUGAAGACGACUUAUCAGGAGAACCGUACGCUAAGAUGAAUUCAGAUCUAGGGAUUUGGAAGAAUACAGGGGGAAAUCUGCAGUCAUCCUUGUUCAUUCAUUCAUUCAUCGUCUACAUAGCCGUUUAUCCAUUAUAUAGAUUAAUAGUUUAAUCAUUAAAUUUAGUAUUUAUUUUAAACAAAUUAUUAAAAUUAAACUUACGUCAUGAUGAAAGAUUUCACAUCGAAUAUUUUCGGAUUUUCUGCAGUUUGACAUUUUCGUAGAUUUUUAGGAAAUAAUAAUAAAUUUGCAACAAUGAUGUAAUUGUAAACCCAAAAACCUUGCUUUAAUAAACACAAAACACUGCCGUCCAAACAUAAACCUGAAAUUAUUAAAACACUUUAGUUUAAACACAUUGAUACCUCGCUUGGGAGAUAAUCUUUUAACAUCAUUUCUUAACACAACGCUAAGAUCAUAUGUUAAAUUUUUGUUUGUUAUUCGAAUUUAAUUGAGCCUUUGGCUCAGCCGUUCGCAAUCACUUCACAUUCAUGUACCUUUUACAUGCACAAAAAUACUUAUUUAUUUGGCAAACACAUUUUAGUUGCGGAUUUAGACAUUAGAAAACUGUCAAAAUUCAACAAAUUUGAACAGCCAUAACAAAUUCAAAUAAUACCACACAAAAGCGUUUAAAUAUUCAUAUUCUAUUUUUUUUUGUAAAGUUACAUAUACUAUCAAAUAGUGAACCAUGGAAAAUUUCAUAUUUGAUGUUUUCUAAGUAGAUAAUUUGUAAUUUAGUCAUACUAUUAGUAUUUUU